GGAAAGCGGAGGGACUCGCCCGAGAGGCUCAGGCGCUGCCAGCGGAGCCCGGACUCAGCCGCAGCCCAAGCAGAACCCCAGCCCCGCGCUCCUCUGCCCUGGCCCGCCCCGCAGCCCUCCGCCCGAUGAAACUGACCGCGAUGAUCAAGAAGAUGCGCCCGAGCAGCUCGGAGCUGAGGAUCCCCGCCAGGAACUGCUCCCGCCUGGUCAUACUCGGCUCGUCCCGGGUGGGCAAGACGGCCAUCGUGUCGCGCUUCCUCACGGGCCGCUUCGAGGACGCCUACACGCCCACCGUCGAGGACUUCCACCGCAAGUUCUACUCCAUCCGCGGCGAGCUCUACCAGCUCGACAUCCUCGACACAUCCGGCAACCACCCGUUCCCCGCCAUGCGGCGCCUCUCCAUCCUCACCGGAGACGUUUUCAUCCUCGUGUUCAGCCUGGACAACCGCGAGUCCUUCGAGGAGGCGCAGAGGCUCAAGCAGCAGAUCCUGGACACCAAGUCCUGCCUCAGGAACAAGCCCAGGGGGAGGGCGGACGUGCCCCUGGUACUCUGCGGCAACAAGGGCGACCGGGACCUCCACCGCGAGGUGGAGCCGGCCGAGGUCCGGCAGCUGCUGGGCGACGGCCCCCAGCGCUGCGCCUACUUCGAGGUCUCCGCCAGAAGGAACAGCAGCCUGGAGCCCAUGUUCCGGGCGCUCUUCGCCAUGGCCGGGCUGCCCGGGGAGAUGAGCCCGGGCCUGCACCGCAGGGUGUCCGCGCAGCACUGCGAGGCGCUGCACCAGGCGCUGCGGGGCAGGAAGCAGCUGCGCGCCGGGGACCCCGGGGGGGCCCUGGGCAUCGUGGCGCCCUUCGCGCGCCGGCCCAGCGUGCACAGCGACCUCCUGUGCGUGCGCGAGAAGGCGGGCGGCCAGGCCAAGGACAGGGAGCGCUGCGUGAUCAGCUAGGGCUCCCCGCUCCCCGCGCCCACCGCAGCACCUAAGGAAGACCCUGUCUUUGAAGUCCAAUCCGUCCGGGCCGGGCCCAGCUGCGAGGUGAAAACGGAGGCGGGCUGGUCAUCUGCUUUGGAAGGAAAGCGAACUGGGUCACAGGUGGACCCCCUCCCCCACGUCUGAGUGCCCACUGGCACCUGCCACCGCCCCAACCCCCGCGCCCUGACUUGGUGGGCACAGGCCCAGCAGAGGGUGACGGAGUAAUUGGGACGGGUGUGUGUGGAAGUGAAUCAGCCCCCGCUGGGCUCCCAGAAGCCCGUCCCGCCCGCCACAGGGUAAAGGGAGACCUCGGCAUUAACUUGUCUGUGAUUCUGGGUUGCCAUGGCAGCUGGCAAACGCUUUUGCCCUCCUGAAACUAAGGGUCAGAUCAGCCAAGUGUCUUGUUUACAUGUGUGUGUGAAACUGCACGAAGGAAAAACUCCGUGAACAUGAACAAAACCUUAUCCAGUGUUUAUACUGUGUAAGACCGUCUCAGUUACUGUACUGGUUAUUUUACUAUAAAAUAAUUUAAAAUG